UCUAUGCUAUCGUCAUGUCGAAUUGCAUUUGGUUAAUUUUGUGAAAUUUGCUCCUACUUGCUAUCUAAAAACUGUUACAGUUUUUUAACAAUGUCAAAUUUAUUUAAAUUGAAAUUAAGUGCACUAGGUCAUCCAAAUCCAGAGUUCUUUAACUGCGAAGAUGAGAAGGAGUACAGAAGUGUAGUGCUGUGGUUAGAAGAUCAAAAAAUAAGGCAUUACAAAAUUGAGGACCGAGAAGGGUUGAGAAAUAUUGAUUCCGAUUUCUGGAAGGAGGCAUACAAUACGUAUCAGAAAGAUUUGGUGAGUCCAGCGGCAGAAGGGACGCUGAAUGAACAACUCAAUUGGCUAUUGUCGUAUGCGGUGCGGUUGGAAUACGCGGAUAAUGUUGACAAAUAUAAAAAUGCCAAAGUUGAAGAGAAAAAGAAAGCUCCCAAUGUCGUGUCUUCUAAUCCAUUAGACAAUCUGGACUUCUCAAGUCAAGCAUUCAAAGCAGGUGUCAACAGAGUCUGUACAGUAGCAAGCAUUGGUCCUCAUCCAGAUCCUAAAAUAAGACUUGCUGCCUUAGCCAAAGUACUGAAAACUUCUCCGCAUCCGGAACCCCUACAAACUGAAGUCAAUUUAGUUAAUCAACCCUCAGAUGUGUUAAAGUUACUGUUUGUUCAGGAUCUUAGAAAUUUACAAACAAAAAUUAAUGAAGCUUUAGUUGCUGUCCAAACUGUUACUGCUGACCCUCGAACUGAUACCAAACUCGGUCGAGUAGGAAGAUAAAAUGUUCUUCACUAAAAUUUUGUAAAAUUAUCUUAACAUUUUCUUCACGAAAUCACAAUGGCGAAGAACUGAAGCUAUUGUUUUUAUACUAUGUUAUGUAAAACCAUAUUAAAAUGAUAAUAAUUGAUCUGCUGAGUACUAAAAAUAAACUGCAUUAAAUUUCGUUUUUUCA